AUGGCACCGCCCAACCUCCUGGAUCUACCAAACGAGCUACUCCUCCAACUCCCAUCGUACAUGAACAACAUUGAGGACUUCAUGAACGCAUCCUCUACCUGCAAGCGCCUGCGAAAUUUAUUCACCAAUACUCUGCCAAAGACCAUCCUACGUUUAGCGUCGCGAUCAGCCCCCACCUUCUUCUCCCCGCAUCCGCACUUCCUUGUCCUGGCCGUAGCGCGUCAGAUAGCAGCAUGGGCUGUUGCAUCUCAAGCAGAAAGAGAGACGCGUGUUGCGCUCCUUGUGGAAGCCUUCCGAGGCGGCAUGAAAGGUGUCUUGUCCCUUGCACUCAGCGAUGAUGUCGAAGGUGUGGGCCUGACCAUGGAAGAUAUUAGGAAGAUGUAUGAGCUGAGAUUCAACAUUAUCAACCCACUGAAUACAACCAUCGAUGCUAUGAUUGGGAGUGAGUGGUAUCAACAGCCCGCUUUCUGGAAUGGUGGUGCUGAAGACGCCUUCACACUGUACACGGAUGUCUCGUCAGCAACCUUUCAAUUUCUCAUCUACGGAGAACUCUUUGGCGGCACUACGUCAUCCUUCCUCUUGCCCUCGUCCAACCGUAAACCCGCCCUGAAUAUCGAUACAAGAAUCGAGUUCAUCAAGUACUGUAUCCCAGAUUGGUCAUGCGGCCCCAACAAUGGUCGGAACGAUGGGUUUGAGUUGUUGUCCGUGGGUCCAUACGCCGAGGGCGCGGAGGAUAGCCCCUACGGAGACAAACUCGAAGGAAACCAGACGGCAUUAGCGCAUCUCGUCGGAGGUGCUAUGUUUAGAGGGACGCUGUGGAAGAGGGCGUGGCGACGGGUUCUCAUUGCAGCAGGUAUGGAGGAGAACGAGGAUGGAAAGUGGCCAGAGGCCUGGAUCCAAAGAAUGCAGAGGACCGAGUUCAGGAAAGAGAUGAAAAUAGUGGUUAGCGACGGAGAAGAAAUCGCGGUGAAAGACAGUAACACUAAUAAUGAGACCGACGUGACAGCAGCCGAUGGUAAGGGCGAGGCAUCUACAGGAGAGGAGUCUGAGGCGGAUCAAGUUGAAGAAGAUGAGGCUGAAGAUGAGGAGAAUGAGGAGAGCGACGAGGAGGAGGACGAAUACGACGAUAAUGACGAAGAUGAGGAUGAUGGAGAUGACGAAAAUGAAUCCUCCGAAGAUGAGGCCAACGUCUACGGACACCCGAACAACUGGCGCUUCUUCCUCUUCUGGACCGCUCUCACGCAGGUCGGCGGCCUCCAGACAAUGGAAAUGGUAGCGCAGUUCAAAGGGCGCGAGGAAAAUCGAGAUGCAGUCAUGAGAACAGAAUGGAAGGCUCAGAUCUUGCGCCUCCGAGACCAGGUCCUUGCGCUGAAGGACGAAGAUGAGCCUGGGUUCAAAGAGUUGGGGAAGAACAGGAAGCUGAAGGUGUCGGAGGCCCCGCAUUUGGGGGCGGAACUUUAUUGGUGCUGUGCGGGGAUGUGGAAUGGGUUUUGA